AUGCCGGCAUUCCAAGCAAUAAACCUCGAGCCAGAGGAUAACAUCGACGAGCAGAUCGACACCACAAAGGAGAUUCAUGUCGACGAAGCUCUGAAGCGAUUCCAAAAUGCAUUAAAGCUUCAUGCACAAGGCCCCCGAUCGCGCGAAGCUGCCGAAGCCGCAUACCACGAACUAUUCGAAUCCGAAAUUUUCAAGUACAGGGAAGCGAAGACCGACUACGAGCGAGCAGAGCGACAUGCAGACGGUUUACCAGAAAUAUCCAACUUGGACCCCUCACUCACAGAUGGAGGACUCGAUGUGGAUGCUGGAGGAGCAGACGGAGUUGCAGCAAGUCUGGCCCAGGCGCUCUACCUAUCUUACAAAAACUAUGGCCAAUUCUUUGUCGAUAAAUUUAAGGAUGUAUCGCAUCUCGAUCCAGCCUGGAAGGAGAAGGCCCAGCUAAGAUACCACGAUGAUGGGCGCAAGGUUUUGGAUAGCUGGAUGACUGCUUUGGACCAGGAUCCUUCUGAUCCGGAGCUUUGGAGGAAGACUGCCCGGUUUGCUGGAGCCAUGAACAGCAACCGCAUCAAGCGAUACUGCCUGGAGGCCGCGAUUGAGUUAGAUGAUGACCCGGCUGUUGCGGAAGUCGACCCUCCAUCACUAGCGGAAGGAAUGGCAGGUGAACAGCUGAAAGAUCAAUUGAAGCUGCUGGGCGAUGGAAUGGCUUUGUCACAUCCGAUCAUGGCGCCCUGGCUCAAGAAGAAGAUGCCUGCGCUCCUCAGGCGCCAUCUGGACCCCAUUCCUUUUCUUCCUGAUCCUACCAAAUCAUUAAUACCGCCCAAUGUUUCGGAUACGCAGGACCAGCCGCAAGAAGAUACGGAAAUGGGCGAAGGUGACAAUGCUGACCAAGAACCCAAGUCUGUGUCAUCCUGGGCUGAUCUCGGAGCAAUACUCAUCAACUGCCUGGAAACUACAGCCGAAGCUUUCGAUACGUGUGACGGGAUUGUUGAGAGCAGUCUGGAAGAUAUUCCGAUGGAGACACCUCCGAAUGAAGCCGAGAGCGUUGUGUCAGAGAUCGAGGUUGCAGUCCCCAAACCCACCGAGAAGGAGAAAUCGCUAGAAAAGGAGACCACCACAAAAGAGCCAAAGGAACAAAAAGCAGGAUCGGAAGCGACCGAAGAUAGCCAGAAAGCCACGGACCAGUCUCAGAAAGACUCGAAUGACUCGAGAAAACGAUCGCAAUCUGCAGCGGGACUGCCAGAUGGCGCCGAAGAGGAGAAUACAACGGAAAAGCGCAGCAAGCGAGUUCGACGAAGAGAGACUCUCCAAGCUGAGGAAACGACCGACCCCAGCACCCUAAUUGCUAAUCAACUACAGCCCUAUCAAGGUGCUGACCAAAAUCUCUUCCAAAUGACAAAGAGUGUUAUGGAGAAUCUGGGCGUGGACGACAAAUCGACAUUGGAUUUCAUCAAUGAGCUCAUUGAUUCAUGCGCUGCUGAAGACCGACUGGGAAAGAUAAACAAUCUUGCUGCGUGCGACUUGAGAAGUGUCUUUGUUGACUUCCGUGAAGAGGUUGCUAAGGUCUUCCUGCAUAAGAACGAACAAGCCAGUCUUGGACCAUCUUCCUUCUUGGAGCACGCAAAAACCGGUUCGCCCGAUCAGCCAUCGAUGCCCCUAUUCAACGAGCAACAAGGUCUGAGAUCCUUUGCCAAAAAGAUCGGAGCUUGCAGGUCCUGGAUGACGGCCGAAGACGUCGCAUACGAAUGGGUCAGAGCUGUCAGCCAAAGUUACGCAGCAGCUAAGUGGUCAGACAAAAUGAAGCUAUCAGUGGUUCAGAUGCUUAACAAAGUGGACUCUGUGUUGUAUCAUAAGAUCACUGAAGAGCUGGAACUGGCUGCGGGCUCUGCUGAGAGGUUAGAAGAGCUGGAAACCAUCGUGCCCAUGCUUUUUGAGCUGCAUGUCGAUAUCUACGAACUCAUCACCAACCCUAGCAGCGUUGUGGAUUAUGCAACUCGGAUGGAUACCAAAUAUCGACUCGGACGCUGGCUCGACAUUGCCUCAGCUUACCUCCAGCUGUUAGAUCGUCCAUCCAACGACCCCCUAAUAGCACGUUUUUUGUGGGCUUCAGUACUUGUGUCUUCACACUCGGAACAGCCUCUACGCGAGCACAUUCUCCUCAUGUGGACCUCUCUACGGGAUCAUCUAGCAGAUGAGAAGGUACCUGCCAUCUCGCUGCCUAAUAACGUGGUUAUGCCGAUGAUUUCCCCGGCAGCUGCUGAUCGCGAGAUCUCCAAACUAACGACAAUGGACUUUUUCCUCGGCCUAUUUCAGGAUAAUAUGGACGACCCAGUCUAUGUCAUUGAGACAUUGGAGCCUGUUCUCAACCCAUCGACAGUAUGCGCCCCCGAUCAAGAAACGGAUUCUGAGUCGGGAGACGACGAUGACAGCGACGACACAAGCUCAAGUGACAAGUCAAGUGAGAAACAAAAGAAGUCCAUCUCCGAUUGCGCAAGUCAAAGCCUGCAAGAUCUCUGGAAGUUCCUCCACAACAGCAGUACAGAGCUUAGGCUGUUUUUGUGGUCGCGUCUGGGGGAUGCCUACGAUGCUAUUAAAUAUCCCACCAAAAAGUUCUCCUGCUGCCUCAAGAGCAUCGAACUGAUCGUAUCAGACUUGGAGAGCGAAACAUACGUCAACACUGCAACCGAAUCUCGACGAUUGCUCUUCAUGCGUACUCUAAAAUCACUAGAUGAACUGUUGAUUGCAGCUCUCUAUUCUGCGCUCAACGAGAACACGGCAUUCGAGAUCAUUGAUGAUGCCCAUAUCAAGUCUACAUCAUCCGCCCUUGCCAAGAUCAAUUGUUUGCUGCAUGUUGCGAGCCUGUGCGAAGAUGAGGUUCGGAUUGGUAUCAGGACAGAACGAACUGGCAAUGCUGCCUCUAAAGCUGCUUUCUCGUCACUCAAGAACAAGCUGAAGGAGAUGCAAAUUCGUGCAUGGUGCCUCCAAUACACCAUGUUCAAAGCUGGUAUCAACGAGGACAACUGCAUCAUCGGACCCGAGAACGAUCUUGCUGACUACCUCGCGGCCAUUCACCAAGUUAUUGGUAUCCGCAAAUUCUGCAAGGCUUCAAACAAGAUCUUCCUCAAGGUGAUGCGGGUCGAGCUUCUGAAGCUGAAGAACAUCGAGAACUGGGAAGACUACCUUGGCCAGGUUCUCUAUGACUUGCACGGUCUCAAAUUGGGAGCAGGUGUUUGGGAAGUCCAGGAUCAUGGUUGCCAAGCGGAGAAGCUUGAGAAGCGACAGACUAUGCAGCUCGUGGAGAGGGUUUGCAUUCUUGCUAACCGCAUGCCGAUGAAGGAUCUUCUCAAAUCUGAUCUCAAGACGACGAUCGAUCAUAUGCAACAAACUAUCGGCCAGACGAAGUCAACGCCGCAGAUGUAUCACAACCUGCGCAAUUUUACUGAGUAUCUGAAGAAGCCGAUCCACCCUCUACGUCUAUACCGCGCCCUCAUUGGGGACGUUUCAGUAGACGCUGUGUCUGUUAACACCCCCGAGACUGUUCUUGCCACACAUGGCUGGUUCUUCUUGUUGGGUAUGAUGGCAUUGACAAAGUUCAAGGGUGUUGAGUUAAACCGUCGUCAGACCCCAGGCGCUACUGACGAUCUGCGUAUCGGCGCGACUUUCCUGCGACUUCAACUGCAAUUCACUGCAGACAGAUGGGAUGCAUGGUUCCGUCUAGCUGAAUGUUUUGACUACGAACUGGAUGAGGCGGUUCUUUGGACUGCUGACAAGAUGAAUAAGGAACGUCCUGAGCUGGUCAAGUUCCAACGGAAUGCAAUCCAUUGUUACACACUUGCACUCUCGCAUUCCCGUAACGUGGACAUUGAGACGCAUGAUGGAGAUCCACUGCACGAUCUUUACCACAAAUUCGCCAUGAGAAUGUAUGCGUCAAGCCGAGAGCCUUUUGCCAUGGAGCCAUUCCAGCACUCCGACCAGGAGAGAUACUUUAUUGAAGAUAUGGGAAUGGGAACCUUCAAGAGGAUUCUGCAUUCUCAAAUGAACGAGUACAAGGUGUGGAAGUUUGCUGCCAAGCUGUUCAGAAUGGCAAUGAAGCGAAAGGCACAAAACUGGAAGAACCCUUACAUGCUUUCCAAAUGCUAUUGGAAGAUGUAUCAGACUCCUGAUGACCAACUUGACGUCAAGGAUAUGGCCUCCAAGGUCAGCCUAGACCUGUUGAUCGACACCCUUAAGAAGGCCGUUAAGGUGGCACACAAUGCUCGAAGAGGGAGGAACACUGACCCUAUCUUCGAACCACACUACAAGAUCGUCUCAAUUCUUCACAAACUGGUGGUGCGAGGUGACUUGCCAUCGAAGAAGGCCGCUGAAAUUCUAUCCGAGCAGCCAUUUGGUCUGGAAGUCGACCCUGAGGAUCAUUAUGCAUCCUUCUCGGAACCUGAAGAUUGGGAGGAAUACAUUAUUCGCAACCUUUCCCGACUUAAAGAUAAGGACAAGGCCAAUUGGCAGCAUCGUAUUAUCAUCAGACAUGCCAAGAUACUGUUCGACGAUGCCAACGAAGCACCCGCCAGCGACAGACUUGUGGAAGCGAAGGCUGCAUUCGGCAUCCUCAGAGACAGUAUGUUCACUAAGACUAUGGUCAUGAAUGUGUGGAAAUGUGAUGCCGAGAGGCCCGGUCGUCAUCACGUUUACACAGAACAAUAUGUUCGCCUCAUGACCAAGUUGUUGGUCAUCAUGAAUGAUCGGGGCAACUUGGAACAGCUCUUGAGACGACUCAGGAAGAAGGGCGCCGACUUUUAUCAUUUCACUGACCUAUGGCAAUCCUGCUGUAUUGCCUACCUCAAGCUUCUACGACAGGGUUACAAUGUGACGCCUGUAGUAGACGAUGCGUUCAAAGCACUGUCAAGUGAAGAGUUCGAGGUUGUGGGUGAGCGGAUUGCAGAUUGGGCUGCGAGCGAUGGCGCCGAGGUUCCGCUCUUCAACUGCAUGAAGGAGACUAUCGAGUUGAAGAAGCUCAAUGCUAAUCUCAUGAAAGUCGCACCCAUCGACGAUCUUCUCAACGAUUGCUACUCCAGGAUCUAUUCCGAGAUAGCUAAGAGCUUGCCUGGACCGGACCCUAGCAAGGUUGUGGAGGAGCGACACCACGCGAAGGAAGUCGCAGCCCAACUCGAAGCAGCGCAGGCAGAGACCAAGGUUACAAGCUCCCUUGCCAGUAUACUCAACGCUCCCAAUGGACAGGAGAGUAUCACUGGCACAGCGACUCCUAUGGAAACAGAGAAGCAAGAAGCUGCGCCGCGGGCUAGAAAAACCGGCGUUAGAAGACCGGACGUGCUGCGAAAGGCCGAACAAGCGGUUAUCCGAGCUUUGGAGGCACCCAAGUCAAGCAAGAGCCGGGUGGGUAGUGUGUCGAGCGGCAAGCGUGGCAGCCAUACGCCUGUACAACGUGCAAGUGAUGCUGGCAGUGAUGAGGAAGGAGCCGAUGCGCAGAUCCUGCGCGAAGCUGGCCACGACGUUGAUGUGGACAUGAAAGAUGCCGGCGACGAGAAUGAGGAAGAUCACGGGGAGGAGGAGCACGGUGAAGAGGAGCACGACGAAGAAGAGCAUGAAGAUGAACAGGAGGAAGAACAUGAUGAAGCUGCCGAGGACGAGAAUGCCGAAGAGCAUGGCGCCGAAGAAAAGGCCGACAGCGAGGCAGGCUCUAUCCACGACUCGGCUGAUGACGAGAGUGAUCUCAGUGACGUGCCUGAGGACUACGACCAGGAGGUGCCCCCCGGGCUCAUGUUCCCCAAUCUUCGACAUCAAUCCGACGAGUCCAGUGGAGAAGACGCUGAUAGUGAAAGCGAAGGAGACGAUGAAGCUGAAGAGAGCGACGGCGAAGAAGAGGCCGAGGAGGUUGCCGAUGGUGACGAAACACUGGGUAACGAGGAUACCGAAUUAGCGGAUGGCGAGGACGAAGAUGAGGAGCAACCUAGACGAUCCGGAAGUUGGGCAGCGCAUGAUUCUAUACGGGCAGUGGCGUGGUAA